AUGAAGUCACCUUUCCCGGCGGAAGCGGGCCCAACCCCUGCGAAACUCUGUGCCUCAUACGACUUGGGCGGAGGGGUACGUCUUGCCGACUCGUUUGCAAUUUACUCGAUUGUCGCGUUGCCGCCGGACUGGACCAAUCUCAAGAUCGACCCAGAAACACUUGCAGAGCUGGAGAGGGUUGCCUUGGUCGUUGCAAAUAAGCUCCCCAUUCUGACCACUCUACGCGACAGUCUGGUUCCAGAUCUCAGUGCGCUGCCGCGUCCGCCUCGGCCACGAUCCCAGAAUAAUGGUCAUACCCACCCCUGCGAUCACCUUCCCUGGUUCUUGAUAAACGCUGCAAGGUACUCCCAACACUGUGUGCUUGGACACAAUGAUUGCUUGGAAUCACUUCUCAUGGUUUCUCAGCGACCAUGGUGCAUUCUCGAGCUAUGUUGUUGUGAGACUUCAACAGUAGCCGCAGUGCAUGAACUUGUGAUGGUGGCCACGAAGCUUGAUUAUGCGACAUAUAGCCCUGCUCUCAGACUUCUAGCACAUGAAGUGUCACAGAGGCAAGACCGUCGCCGGGGAGAUCUGGGGUCCUGUGAUUUCACAGGUGCAUUACGGCAAGGCAUCUCGGAUACCGCUUGGGAGGAUGCCUUCAUUAUGUACAAAGAGUUGUCCAAAAGCUGUCUCCGAUCACAUAACUCGUUCUGGAUAGGCCUGAUUUCCACAUGUGCCGUCUACCUUGGCCUAGCAUUCUCGGAUUUAGUUCAGGUACUGGGCGAUUUGUUCAACAGUCCUCUAACCGUGACCCCUGAAGUGUCAAGCGCUAUCAAGCCGAAGUUUGACACGAGGCCACCACGUUCAAGUGCCUUGAUUGACCCAUCAACUCACGUGGCGCGCCGCACAGAGAAGCUCAUACGCCUAAGAAGGAACAGCAUCGAUGUCAUCCCUCAUCCCAAAUCAUACUGGCACAUCGGGAACAAUCCAACUUUUCUUGGUCAAAAUUUCAGUGCUGAUGUACCUCCUGUACGAGAUUUGCUCAAUCUUUACGGCGAAAUUUUGAGAGGUUUCAGAGAAAACCUUUGA